GCAGUGGAGGCAGCAGCCACGCAGAAUUUGGGCUUUGAGUUUGGAAGAGCAGAACCUGAAAGACUAAUACUCAUGGAAAGAAAGUUGGACUCGUCUGCAUUGUUAAACUUGGAUAAAGAUGUAUUUGUUCUCUGUGGAUUCUAGUAUGGUUAUGUUGUGGCAGUCAACUUUGUGGAAGUUUAUACAGCGAAAGAGUUGGCCAAGACAUGUUUUAGACCUGGGAAGGUGCAUCAUUACCUGCCAUAAUGAUUCCCAAACACAGUUCCUGCACUGAUGUUUGAUAUUUGAUAUGGCUGCUGCUGAUGAAUCCUACGUGGAAGGACAAAAUGGAAGUUUUGUUUCCUACUUGAUUACGAUAGUGGAGAAAUGGACUGGCUUGGAAAUCCUGGAAGGCUCCUUGAAUUACCUGGAUUAUCUCUUGUGGGUCUUCACUCCCCUCGUUAUUGUCUUCAUCCUCCCACUGUUUAUUAUACUAUUCCUGUACCUUUCGAUUCUUUUUCUACAUGUAUAUAAAAGAAAGAGGGAGUUGAAAGAAGCUUAUUCAAAUAAUGUUUGGGAUGGUGCAAGGAAGACUUUGGCAACUCUUUGGGAUGGACAUGCAACUAUCUGGCAUGGUUAUGAAGUUCACGGAUUGGAAAAAAUCCCUCAUGCAGGACCUGCCCUGAUUGUUUAUUAUCAUGGAGCCAUACCUGUGGACUAUUACUAUUUCUUAGCUCGAGUAAUUAUCCAGAAAGGAAGAACCUGCCAUUCUGUAGCUGACCAUUUCCUUUUUAAGUUACCAGGUUUUAAAUUGUUGUUGGAAGUUUUUAGUGUAAUGCAUGGUCCUCAAGAGGAAUGUGUCAAAGCUUUGAAAAAUGGACACUUGUUGGCCAUCUCACCAGGUGGAGUCCGGGAAGCACUGUUCAGUGAUGAGACCUAUAGAAUCUUUUGGAGACGACGAAAAGGAUUUGCCCAGGUGGCAAUUGAUGCUCAAGUGCCCAUUAUUCCUAUGUUUACACGGAAUAUUCGAGAAGGAUUUAGAACAUUUGGAUGCUUUGGCAUUUGUAAAUGGUUGUAUGAAAAGUUUAAAUGGCCAUUUGUUCCUAUUUAUGGAGGAUUUCCUGUCAAGUUUUGCACCUAUUUGGGUGACCCUAUUCCUUAUGAUCCCAAUAUAACUGCUGCUGAGCUGGCUGAAAAGGCAAAGCAAGCUGUGCAGAACCUAAUAGACAAACACCAAAUAAUACCUGGAAAUAUUCUACGAGCCCUUUUAGAGCGUGUUCACUGGAGACAAAAAAAUGAAUGAUUGUAUGCUUUUAAGAACUCAUUUAAAGAACACUUUUUAAAACAUUUUCAUUUUCAAGAAUCUAUACAAAUACUGAAUAAUGUCUUGUUAUGCAUUAAAAUUACUCUAUUGAACAAUUCUUUUGUGCCAGUAUUAAUGUUCUUAUCAAUUUCCUAAUCAGCUUUGGUAUGAAAAGUUGGAUGUUCAAUAUGCUGUAUCAAAUACCUCUCUCCAUUACAUUCUUGACCUCAGUUAGAUAUAGAUAUAGUGUAAUACACUGAGUAAGGAAGGACCAGAAGCUUUUCCUUGGAAUCUGUUGGUAGGUGGUCAUAAACGGAGGUGCCAAAUGCCUUCAUAAGUGGGCUGGAGAAUAGGAUUGCUAGAGUAAUGGAGACGACCUCCACAGGAGAUGGAUACCUGUCAAAUUGUGGGUAGUGGAUAUAAUUAUAAACAUCUGAAAAUAUAUUCACCAAAUUAAAUAUUGGAAAUGUUUGUUAAUGAUGCCAGGCUGAUACCAGAACGUCCACAUGCAUUAAAGAUAUCACUCUUUUGUCUCCAAGUUUUUGUUUUUAAAUAGAUGAUAUUAUCUCAUUUUGAUAUUUCAUUCUAUGUUCAUAACCCAUUAAUGCAGCUUGUGCACAUAGUAAUGUUUCAAUAAAACAAGUAGUCUUCUCCCAAUAGUAUGCUCUUUAGCAGUCGGCGAGGUAAUUCUCAUUGAUUUGGGAUAUAUUUACAGUACAUACCACCUAAAACUGAAUGCUUUUAUCUGUUUUGAGAAUGUUCAAGGUGAUCACGUGUAGCAAAAACUGUUCAGUUUACCUUGGUUUACUAUUAAUGAGUUGUAGGUUGUAACUUCAUGUGAAUUUACAAUCUGACAUCAAGAAAUCUUGCACUGAUUCAGCAUUUCCAGAGUCUAAGAUAAAUAGAAUACAAUUCCAAAAUUGUAGGAAAUAAAUUGAUUUGCAAAAGUUACUGUAAAUUAUUCUGCAUUUCCUGUCUAAGAUGCUCAACACCCAGCUUUACUGGGGGGCGGGGAAUAUGCCUAUCAAAUGCAUUUACACCAUAACUGGAACCAGCAUCCCAUAUUUUAACUGGUGUUGAUCACUUUUGUAUGAUCUGGCCAUCAUGUUUGACAACUUGAAAUCAUUUUUAUUUAAAAUAACCUUUCGAAGUACAAAUUUAUUUCUUUAAUUCAAAGCAUUACAAUUUUAUUUCUUUAAUUCAAAAACAACUAUAUUGUUUCAGUUAGUGACACGACCAUAGAUCUAAAUUUUAAAAGUUAAGGAAUUUAUUAUUUAAAAUACAUAUUUUUCUCAGUGUAUCUGGAUGGUACCCUUAUAAAUUUUAAGCUAUAAUAACAUGCCUAUGUCAUUGCAUGAUAAAGUGGAAUUUAACUAAGUUGGGCUGAUUUGUUUUUUUUUGGCCACCUCUUGAAAUUUGGGCAGUUUCUUAAAGAAAACAAUGUUUUAUAAUACAGGCCUCAAAGAAAUGUAAAUUAUAUAGUUUAUUUUACAAUAGGAUAAUCCAGAACACAUUACAAUGAUUUUCUUGAUAUAAUCACAUUUAGUAAAUACAGGAGCCUGUAUGUACUGAGCAGUUCCCACAAACAACAAAUGUGCUAGUAAUCUGAUUUUGGAAGCAUUGCCAGGUUUAUAUGUUUCAUGGGCAAGGAGAACUCCCCUGACUUUUUGAGUAAUGUUAAUGAAAUAUUUUGCAGUACCUUGAACAAGCAGAUAGCAAGUUGAUUUAACAACUCAUUCAAAACACAUAGUUGAACGUAGACACUAGGUACCGCAGAUGCAGGAUGUCUAGAGCAAUACACUCAAUGUGCUGGAGGAGCUCAGUGUCAGGCACCAUGGAUGAGAAUAAACAGUCGAUGUUUCUGGCCGCCGAGACUCUUCAUCAGGGGCCCUGAAACGUCAGCUGUUUAUCCCCAUCCACAGAUGCUGCCUGACCUGCUGAGCUCCUCAAGUACAUGCUGUGUAUUGUAGUCAAUUUUGCUGUCUUAAGCAGUAUUAUUUGUCAAGUCUUAAGAGUUGCUGAUCAUGAGUCCUGCAACAUUCUAAUUUGGGGCUGAGAUUGCCGUCAUCGUCCCAUUUUAUUCAACAUUUAGAUAUUUAUAUGCAAAUUGGAACAUUCCAAUUAAAUCCAGUCAACUUUGAGCUAGCGGAAGCUUUUUUUUGUCCUACAGUUGGUAUUUCUAUUGUUUGGACUAGUAUCUUGUGUUCCAAUGUGAACAAUGUGGAAGUUAAAUUUCCCUGUUAGAUGAGCACUGUAGUAAAGUAUAGGUGAGUAGAAGUAGUACUGACCAAUUCUGGAUGAAAUCACAGUUGCAAUUUUAUUUUCCAUCUAUUUUAAUUCUUUUUUCCAUUUCUACAUGAUCAAUCCAGAUACCAAAUAAGAUUUAAAGAAAUUUCACCUCUAGCAAUGCUGUCAUUAAUUUGUUGCCAAAGUGUUUUCUUUUUCCAAGACUGAACCAAAUUAAUAAAUACAGGAAUAAGUAAUUGGGCAGCAAAUUUAUCUAACUUAUAAUGGCUGCUUGAAGAGUUCUGAUAACAUAUAGUACUUAUUGCAAAGCAAUACACACAAAAUGUUUUUCAUCUUGUUACACUUAAAAAGAUAGAAACAUUAGAUUUAAAUUAUGUUUUUUAAUAAUUCACAAAGCUGAUAUUUUGCAUAACAAAAUAUUCCAAGUAUAAAAUGUGAUCCCAUUUACUGUAAGAAAGUAGGCAUGGAAAGAACAGCCAUUACAUUUGGUAAAGACAACUUGUUUAUUUCAGGUUUGGCUCCCAGUUGUACAAGACUCUUGCAUUGUGAGCCAGAGCACUUACACAAUAAAGAAUGAAUGAUCCAUAUGCUGCACUUCACUGCACUAAAUAUUCUGAGAAGCACAGCUUCAGAAACUUCCUCUUGGUGCUUUUUGUAAUGUUCACUUUUUUAAUGUGAAUAUCCCUUUAAGAUUAUCCAUAGUUGCUGAUCCAUGGAAUGAAUGUAUUUAAAUAUGGAAUUUUUAUUUGAAUUGAACAAUAUCAAAUGUUGGGCUGUAAUAUUCUAUGUGAGCAGAUUCUGCUUGCAUAUGGGUCAAAACAUUUAAUAUAUUUUGAUUACUUUUUCAGUGAUCCUGUUUGUGACCAGUCAUAGCUCAUUCAUGUUCCUCGUAUAAAAUUUAAAAUCCUGAUUGCAAUAUUUGUAAGUAGGAAAUUGUACUUGAAAUUCUAGGGUCCUGAUGUCAUAACAUUGACCAAAAUAUUUUUCUUUUGCAUUCCUUAAUAAAUUCUAUUAGUAAUGUUGAUCUGUACUUUGUUUGCUGUGAUAAUCCUUAUACAGUGGGUUCUGGUUAAUUGGGACACAUUGGGACCAGUACAUUGUUGGCCCAAUAAAGCGGCUGCCUUAAUAAGCCAAAGAUUCAAGAAAAUAGUUGAAUGGUAUAAGAAAGACAAACUGCAAAAUUAUAUAUUUAAAUGAAAUACAGAACAAAUUAGAAUAUUAAUAAUACUACUACAGUACUAUAAAACUGUGUGUUAGUUCCAAAUAGUUAUUGAUGGAGGAAUUCAUGCAGUGUACGCUGCUGCAUUUUUUUUUGAUUGACUAAAUGAACAAAAUCAGCAUAGGCACCUCGUGCAAAUAAUGGACUGCCUUCAUCCAAUGUUUUCUAUGAUUAUAUCCUUCAAGUCUUUUUUUUUCAUUGUGACAUUCAAGAUGAUUGUCAGUACCUUAAUUCUUCAUAGUUCCUAACUUGCUGAAGUAGUGAAAUCAUUUCAUUUUAACUCCUGGCUGUUUCUGGCAUCUAAGCCUAAAUACUUGAAACCACGGUGAGCAAAAUGCUUAUUUGUCACCAAGUUAUCAAUGACAAAAAUCACUGCUUUUUGAUACAACACAUGCAACUGAUGCUAUUUAAAAGCUGUUCACUCUGAGCAUGGUGUGGUGUCUAAUGGCCACAUGAAUGCAUGUGGCUGACGCUAGUUAGAAACUGUUGGGCAACAAUAUCCUGUUCCAACUAAGCAGCACAGUGCCCCAACUAAAUGAAGGGAAUCCUGACCACUUUCUUGAUUAGUUUUUGUUCUUUAAGAGUUGUCCCAUAUAAGUGGCUGCACUAAUUAACUGAUGGCCCAAUUAAUUGGAAUUCACUGUAUACUGCUUUUAAAUUAAAGUUAUAAAGCAUCUCUAUAUUUUGAAGAAAAAAAUGGUCUGGAAUGGAUUACUCAGGUGCACAUAAAUUGAGGUUGGAAAUUGGCUUAUAAAUUUCAAACCUACUUUAGAUGGUGUUUGUGUUUCUAUCGUAUCCUGAAUUUAAUUAUUGUACGUAUAUUUAAAAUGUCUUUCUUGCUAAAGUUUAAAUAUUGAUUAUUACUGCUGACAUUUAAUUGUUUAGAAUGGACUCUUCAUUAUUUCCUCCCAGACCACUGGAAAUGCCAAAUUGCAAAUAUUUUUUGUUAACACAAGAGAUUCUGCUGUAGGUUCUUAUUUUAAGUUGGCUAUUGCAGGUUUCUGAUUUUUUUCCUUGACACUUUUUGUAAAGUUGUAUCUAAAUUGCUUGUAUUUGUUAGGGAUGAAAACUUUUAAAUUCUCAACUUGUUUUAUUUCUCUCUUUAUAUUGCUUAUAUAAAUAUGAUUUAUAAUAAUGUAAUUUGCUUGGUUCCUUUGUCAAUACAAGUGCCAAUGCCUGCUAUUCAGAAACUUGAAAUGCCUUUGCCACUUGUUGAAAUAAGACUUGACUUUGCAUCUUACCAUUAAGCACUUUUUUCAGAGCAAUAUAAAAUUUCAGGAGCAAUAUCGUUCAGAAGGAACCGAUCUUAUUUUAACAAUUGUGUUCCUGAGAGUUUUUGAGUAUCUUUAUUUGUUUUAAAGUGUUGAUUCUGUUAAGAGGCUUACUAUGCUGCAGCAGGGGAACCAAGUCAUUUUUUUAAAAGAGAAACUUCUGGUUCUAGUCCAGAUAAAUCCAGAUUUUCCCACGCUUCAGGGAAUAAAUUCAUACCUAUUCAACCUUUCUCUGUAACUUGGGCCCAAACCUGAGUCCUGGCAACAUCCUUGUAAAUUUUCUUAGCACUUUUUCAAUUUUAUUGAUAUUUUUUCUGUAGGUAGGUGACCAGAACUGCACACAAUACUGCAGAUUAGGCCUCACCAAUGUGUUAUUCAGCUUCAACAUAACAUCCCAACUCCUGUUGUCAGUACUUUGAUUUAUGAAUGUCAAUGUGCCAAAAGCUCUCUUUACAAUCCUAUCUUACUGUGAUUCCACUUUCAACAAAUUAUGAAUCUAUAUCCCCAGAUUCCUCUGUUCAACCACAUUCCUCAAUGUCCUACUGAUCACUGAGUAAGUCCUACCCUGGUUUGCCCAUUUUUCCAGCUGAUCCACAUCACACUGCAAACUAUGGUAGUUUUCCUCGCUGUCCACUAACCCCCAAAUGAUGGUGUCUUCUGCAAAUCUGAUGAUCCAGUUUACUACAUACCACCCAGAUCAUUGGUAUAGAUGACGAACAACAUCCAGCACAGAUCCUUGCAGCACUCCUCUAGUCACAGGCCACCAGUCAGAGAGGUAACCACUCUCUGGCUUCUCCUAUGAAGAAUGUCUAAUCCAAUUUACUACCUCAUGCCAAGUGACUGUACCUUCUUGACCAAACUCCCAUGACGGACCUUGUCAAAGGCCUUGCUAAAGUCUCUGUAGACCAUAUCUACUGCCGUUCCUUCAUCAACUUUUCUGGUAACUUAGACAUGACCUAAUUUGCACAAAGCCAUUUUAAUACAAUUUUUAGAGAGAAAAGGUUCUGCCUUUUAAAGCUCUUCAACUUUCAGAAUAUUUCUGUUUGAGAAGUAUCGGAAUAAUUCAUGUUUGAGCAUGAAAAUGUGCUGAAAUAUUUGUUAUCUAGAAUACCUAAAAGAUUAAAAGAAAACAAUAUAGUAUUUAUUUACUUAGGUAUUUGAGUUCAAUUAUUAAAAUCCAGAGCUUACUAGGUUUAAAUGAAAUUGGUCCAUGAUAGUGUUAAACUAAUGCAUAUUUUCAUGUAGGGUUGAAAUCGAAGUUCAGUAGAAAAGAUGAAACACCACUUUCUGCUACUCGGAGGUGAAGUUUUUCUCUAGUUAUAAUCAUGGUGUUCUCUUUAGAUGGGUCUUAAUAAAGUGUUCUAAUACAAAAAUCAUCUGAAAAUUCCAAUCAAGUUAUUCCCAACUGAAUUUAAAUGCAAAUCACUUUUAUUCCCCCCUCAUUUGUUAACAGUAUCAGUUAAUGAAAUCAACAGACUACUGAGGCCCUGGUUUGUUUCUCAGACUUGCCUAACAUUCAUGCUGUUUAUAUUAGACAUCUAGGUCAAUUCAAUAGUUGAGCUAGGGAUGUAAAAGCUGUUUUGGUAAGGUCUUGUCAAUAAACUAAUUGACAAAGUGUAAAAAAAAGUGAAGCCUGUAUCCUGGUUAAGUAAAGUGAUCAAUCAAUGUCUAGUCUCAAUCUUGGAUUGGCAACAGACCAUACUAAUGCAUCAUGUGAGACACUAGCUUUAGAAGAGGAUAAAGAAACCAAACAUCUUUGGGUAAAGCUUGCGAAGGUGCAGGCAUUUAUACUUGUAUUGGUGGCACAAUGAAAUGAGCACAAAGUUUGUUAAGCUACUAAGAUUGCAUAUUUACCAAAGGAGCACAAAAAUAAAAUCUUAUGUUGUUCAGGGACAGAGGUGUAUGCCACAUAUAAUGUUUCUAUGUACAUGAUUGAUUUUGAAUCCUUCAUUGUGGUAAAGUAAUUGUGUGCAUAAUUGGCCGCAAAGUAGUUUUUGUUACAUUACCAUUAUCUUUUAUCCCUUUUUAGAAAGUUUGUUAUAUCAUGAGUACUGUGCAUUAAUUUUUUAUUAGGAUUGUGUAAAUCAAAAUAAAUAACCGAAAAGGAUGAAGGAAAGUGUUCUCAGAAGACUGCCUAAUGUAUUACUAUCACUGCCUGUGCUUCAUCAUGAGGAAUAGCCAACUUAUCAGAGCAAAGUAUUUUGCCAGCAUGUAAAAGAUAAUGGUAAUGUCUCUUUCCCAUUGUUUUUAAAUGAUCAAUUUUAUGUAAUUGAGCAGAUACUAACGUUAGAAAGCCGUUCUAUUCCAGUUACUGAAAGAUCUUGUGACAUCUGAAUAGGUUGGAUUUUCUAUUGAACUGGUGAUGUACAAAAUCAGGAUUCAAAAAUCAACAACUCAUCAAAUUUACUUUUUCCAAUUGCUUUCGUACAGCAGUUGUAUUUGUAUAUCAAGUUUUCCAUCUGCAAAUACUGUGUACUACUGAAGUUCUGUGUAAAUCCAAUGUGUUAAAACAUUUCAGGCCACUUUUCUUGCUUAACUGAAGAUCAAAGAGACCAGUUAUGUUUAAAAGGUUUUUGCAGAGAACUACAAUGAAUGUGGAAAAAUGUAAUAAGUAAUAUGUUCACCCAAAUUGGCUACCAUGAUGAUGUAAAAUACCUAUAAGUGGUAUUAUAUUUAAAUUGCUGGUAUACAAGAUUUCAUUGAGAAUGGACUGAAUUUAAAAUUGCCUUUUAAAAUACACUUGUGCCAGUCUGGAAAAUGUAUUAGUGUUGACAAAGCUAAAUAGUUUAGAUAAUUUGGCAGUGACAGUAACAUUCUGAAUUCUUUUUCAUAAAAGAUGUAAUAUACAGCCUUUGUAUUGAUGUCUUGUGCAUCCAGAAGUACACUUGAGAACUUCACAUUCUCUGACAGGAAUUAAAAUUAAUAGCUUAUUUGUAACAGUGCUAUUUUGUGAUCUUUCCAAGCAUAAGGAUUGUUUGUGACAUUUUCAUUACCUUUUUAU